AUGUCGGUCGCCAACGGAGGUCCUCUCGCGACCACAUCCGGCGGCAUGAAGCCCGUCCAAAUCGCCCAGGUCAAGGGAAAUUCUCGCGAAAACCGCACCGCUGCACACUCGCACAUCAAAGGCCUGGGUUUGCGCUCAGAUGGCCGCGCCGACACGAAUGCCCAGGGCUUCAUCGGCCAGGUGGCUGCCAGAGAGGUUGGUGUUGUCGUCGACUUGAUCAGAGCAAAGAAGAUGGCCGGUCGUGCUGUCCUGCUCGCCGGAGGUCCUGGAACUGGAAAGACUGCCCUCGCUCUGGCCGUAUCGCAAGAGUUGGGAACAAAGGUGCCUUUCUGCCCCAUCGUCGCCUCCGAGGUCUACAGCACAGAGGUCAAGAAGACCGAGGCCCUGAUGGAGAACUUCCGCCGUGCCAUUGGUCUGCGUGUACACGAAACAAAGGAGGUCUACGAGGGCGAGAAGCUACGUCUGGACCCCAGCAUUUACGAGGCCAUUCAGAAGGAGCGCGUUCGCGUCGGAGAUGUCAUCUACAUCGAAGCCAACACUGGUGCCGUCAAGCGUGUCGGGCGCAGUGAUGCAUUCGCUACCGAGUUCGAUCUGGAAGCCGAGGAGUACGUUCCUGUCCCCAAGGGAGAGGUCCACAAGAAGAAGCAAGUCGUCCAGGAUGUCACCCUUCACGAUCUGGAUAUCGCCAAUGCACGCCCUCAAGGCGGUCAAGAUGUCAUGAGCAUGAUGGGUCAAUUGAUGAAGCCUCGCAAGACCGAAAUCACCGAUAAGCUACGCGCAGAGAUCAACAAGGUCGUCAACAAAUACAUCGACCAGGGUGUUGCAGAACUUGUGCCCGGUGUCUUGUUUAUCGAUGAAGUGCACAUGCUCGACCUGGAAUGUUUCACCUACCUCAACCGCGCUCUCGAAUCCUCAAUUUCUCCAAUCGUCAUCCUUGCAUCCAACCGUGGCUCUACCACCAUUCGCGGAACCGACAACCUCGUCUCCGCUCACGGUGUUCCUCCGGAUCUUCUCAACCGCCUUCUCAUCAUUCCUACCCACCCUUACUCGGCCAACGAGAUUCGCAGCAUUGUUGCAACCCGCGCACGUCUCGAAUACAGCAGCGCCGCACCGCCAUCUCUACAAGCCGACAAGCCCGGUGCCGCUCAAGGGCUUGUGCAAACCACUCAGCUCGCAGAUGAAUCGCUGGAUCUGUUAACCAAGCACGGAGAGCGCGUGAGUCUGCGUUAUGCCAUUCAACUCCUCGCACCAUCUGCCAUUCUCUCGCGAUGCAGAGGCUCCGACAACAACAUUGUCACAGCACAAGAUGUCAACGAGGCUGUGGAUCUGUUCUGGGAUGCCGGUCGUAGUGCCAGUGUGUUGAGAGAGCAGGGCACCAGUACUAGUUUCAUCUCAUAG